AUGGUAUCAUCACGCCGAAAUUCAACCACAAAUAUAUCGAGUUCAACUCCAAGUAUGUCAACUGCACAACAAGGUGAGUAAGAAAAAUGGGAAUUCUUUUUCUGGGAAAACUUGAAAUCGGACCAGGAUAGAAUUGAUUUUAUGAGACAAAUUCAGAAUCGUAUUUGAAUAAUUGAGCCACUUUUUUUUUUGCCUAAGUCGAACCACUUUCGAAUCAGAAUUUUCAAAAACUCCCUUAUGUUUCUGGUCACAAAAAUUCGGAACGCACAAAAUUUGGUCGCACAUAAAUAAACAUUUUUUUGCCCCGUUCUCUCCGAUUUUUUCGCAUUCGACCAUUAUUGGAAUUGCUCGAUUUGAAUCGAAAAAAAACAAUUUUUUAGUUUAUGAUGAAUUUUUGGCUUCGAUUUGUUAAAAUUUUAAAAAUGCAUUUUUUUUUCUUUUGAAAAUUUAGUUUGGCAAAUAUCCAAUUCUGAAAAACAGAAAAUUUCGCAAAAAAAUCCAUGUGGCAAUAAACAUUUUCUGAAUUUCAAAGGAAAAUUAAUUAAUUUCUACGUUAAUCUACAGUAUAUUUUCCAAAAUUGUACACUCUAAAGGUACAAAAAAUGUCUAUAAAAAAAUCCACAUUUUCCCAUUUCUCUCUUUUUUUUUCUUUUUCUACAUUAGUCAUAAAUGAUCAAAGAAAAUCCAUGGCUUCUUUGGUGUCCCGAAUAAAAUCGGAUUACAAAAAAAAUGUUCUCUUUCACUCUCUUUUUGGUUCCCUGGCUAUUUCUAGCUCGCCUCGUAAAACUAGAAAAAACUUCUUCCAGAAUCCGGUGACGAUAAGCCAUCAACUUCGAAAAUGUCAUCAGAAGAAAAAGUAGAUUCUCCGCCAAUUUGGAGAAAAUUCAGUCAUCCGCCAUUCAACAAUAAUCGAAAUAUGCAGUUGCAAUUGGCAAAUAAUCGAGGAACAAAAGAUGAUUGGGGAGCAUCGCUGAGAUAUGCGAUUAAUGAGGAACAGGUUGGUUUUGGAGGUGGGAUGAGGUCAUUUUGGGGUAGAAAAAUUAGGAUAAAGAUUUUUUUCAAAUCGAAAAGCCUGUUGAAAAUUUGCAGAACCUAGCCCUAACCCAAUCGGAUUUUUUUUAGAAAACCCUAAAACUAUCAGAAAAAAAUUAGACGAUGAAUUUUUUAAAUUAUUGAUUUCAAAAUUUAAUAGACCUUUUUCUAGAAGUUUCGAAAAAAACCAUAGGUUUUUUAAUACUCAUUUUUAUGAUCAACCCCUCUCCAUCCUUCAAAAAUCUUAGAAAGACUAUUUUCUUUCCAGUCAACAAGUCUUGGGCCAACUGUAGAUUCAGCCGAAACAAGUUCGAUAUCAAGUGAUACAACAGUCGCAACUCCAGUUAUUUCUCCAUCAGUUUAUGAAAGAUUUAUCGUAUUAUCUGAUAAUUUAACCGAUCUUGUCAAAGCUGUUAUGGAAGAAGCGAAAAAGAAUACAGAUGCUGAAUCGUGAGUUUUUAAACUUUUCAAAUAUGAAAAAAACAAUGUUUUGUUUAGAUGUUCGCUAUUUCUCAUUGAUGAAGAGAAUAAUGAACUUGUGGCAAAUGUUUUCGACAAUGCGAAUGAAGAGAUCAAAGAAUUACGAGUCCCAGUUGGUGAUGGUGUUGUUGGUUGUGUCGCCAAAACACGAACAAUGAUGAAUGUUAAAGACGCCAAAAAGUAUGUUGUUCCUUCUUCGUUUUGUUGUUUUUUUCUCGAAAUUUUUGAAUAUGAUAUUUCCCCGGGGCCGUCUGUCUGCUCUCUUUCUUUAUUUUCAAGAAAAAAAAUGAAAACGAGAACACAGACAUCGAAAUAUUUGGUAGAUAGAUAUGAGUCGUUUUUUUUGUUUGGUGAAAUGAAAACUCACUUUUUUGCAAAUGCUGUUUUAAAAUUCAUGAAAAACCACGAUUUCAUUUGUUUUCCAAACUCGAUCUGAGUUGAUUUCUAACAAAUUUCUUCCCAAAACAGAAUCUGAACUUUUGAUCUUUUUUUUAAAACACAAAUGGGAGAUGGGUUUUAGAAAAUUAAAAAACAACUUCAAUUAGAUUUUUCAGGUGUCCAUUUUUCUAUGCUCAAGUCGACGAACUCACUGGAUAUCACACAAAAAACAUUUUAUGUUUUCCAAUAAUUGAUAAUUCAGGUCAGUUAGUAGUAUCAUCUUUCAAAGCUCCGCCCAUUUUUCAAUUCGUUUAAAUUUUGUUCGAAAAAGAGAGAGCGAGAGAGUAUUCUGAAUCGAGAGAGCGUGGAAGAGAAAUAGAGAAACGAGUCUUAACUUGUCAACAAUUCUGUGUUUUUUGGUUUUUCCGAUGUUAUUUUUUCUGAUUUCCGCCCUUCUUGAUUGUCUUUGAAAUAGAUUUGGGCUGGGUUCUAUUCAUAUCUUCUGAAUAUUUUUUUUGGAAAAAAGAAAAAUCAGAACUCACAUUUUUUGCGAGUUUUUUGUCUUUCGAAGUGUUUUUCUCCUUUUUUCCUUUCUUACAAUUGUUUUUUGUUUUUCCGAUUUUCUGUUCUCUGCUAGAAAAAGAAGAAGGUUUUCUGAAAUUCUUUGGGUCGAAGGUCAAAAUUUCUUUUAACUAGAAACAGUAUUAAAAAAUCUUGAUUCUUAAAAAUUCCCUAAAAAAUGAUCCAGAUUUUUUACCAUGAAAACUACACUUGCUCUGACGCCAAAAAUUUCGCAGGUGAAAAAAUUUGUUUAUUUUUUUCUGAAAAUUAGAACCUCAUUUUCCAUUUUUUUUUUCUCCUACUUACUAGUAAGUAUGCGAAAAAAGACAAAAAACCCGGAGAGAAAAAAACGACGAAAAAUUCAAUUAAAAGACCUCUUUUUUCUUUUUUUUUCUGCUCUUCUUCUUUCCUUCUUCUUUUUUCGGAACAUUAUUCUAUUUUUCUUCUGUCCACGAAUGGUGUCUACUUAUUAGUUCGAAAAUUAUCUCAAUAAUGAAUGAUUUCAGGCGCUUUGGUUGGUGUUGGAGAGCUGUGCAAUAAACAAUCAGAGAAUUCGAAAGGAUUUACGAGAACUGACGAAAAAUACGCCAAGAAUUUUGCUAGUUAUUGUGCCAAUAGUAUUGCACACGUGAGUUUUUAAAGGAGUGUUUCACAUUGUGUAAUUUACUAUAUCGAAUCGCUAGACCUCAAAUUUUUCAUUACAUUUUCUGGUAGAUUUAAAAUAUUUUCUCUAUUAAUUUUUCACAAUCUGUGGGUUUUGAAGGUCUUGUCUGAAUUCUAAAUUUCAAUUCUAAGCAAAAUAGUUAAAAUUAGAAUUUCAAGAAGUUGAAUCAUGUAUUUUUUAGUUCAAAACAAUAUUUUGAAUUUGUUCUUUUCUUCUUUCUCCCCAAAAAAAACAAAAUCUUUAAUUAAUAAAAAUGCGUGACACACACGUCUCCAAUUUGACACACACGUCUCCAAACAUCUCCAAUUUUAAUUUCUUGUUCCCCUCUCAUUUCAAAAAAAAAGAAGAAACAAAAAAGUUCCUGUUUUCACAAUUAUUAAAGAAUCACGUGACGUGACACGUAUCUUUCUGUCAUUUCAAAAUUUCACAAUCACUUUUUUCACUUUCGAAAUGCUCUCGAUUGUUUUCGUCACUUUGAAAUGGGUGUGAAAAACAAAUAAAGUGCAAUUCUUGUUUUUCUGGUCAAAAAUUAUUAUUUUUUAGAUAGUUGUCUAUGUUUUUUAUUAUUACAGUAUCUCACAUCUCAGUGACAAAAAAACCAAACCGAAAAAAUCGAAAUCUCUCUAGGGACGUACUUUUUGCCACCACAUGUUCAUUUUUUCCUCGUUUUUUUUCGGCUGUCACGAUGAUCUAGCUCAAAUAGAAGAGUGUUGUUUUUUGAACUUGUUAUUUCUAGGGAUUUAGAUAAGGAUAAAAAUGAAUACUCUUGUCAAAUAUAAAUAGUAUCCUUCGUUUUUAUCCGAACUUCCGUUCCGCCACCGCAAUUUUAUUUGCUCACCUGACUCCUAUUCUCCCUCAUUUUAUUCAAUUAUAACAAAUCAAUUAAACAGUCCAUUUUUCAGUGUUUGUUCUACAAAAAAAUCCAAGAAGCAUCGACGAGGAGCCAUAUGGCUACCGAAAUGAUGGUUCAAGGAUCACAUUUAAAGGUUAGUUAUUUUAUUUUUAUUUACACUUUGAUCAUCAUAAACAACGUGAUAUUUGUCAAGUUUUCUAUCUAAUGAUAUCAUACGAGAAUGGAAUUCUGACACCCAUGUGUACUCAAAAAAAAACAUGAUUGAUUAAUUCCGGUUUUUGAUAAAUUACUAGAUACCUACGCACAUUUGUUGUCUGGUGUACUUUACAAUGAUUGAGCUGUGAGAAGAAAAGUUCAGAAAUAAAAGAAAAACACAGAUAAAAAUAGUGACUGAUUUCAGAUCGCCGAAGAUGAUAUUCAAAGAUUACUCAAAGAUCCACUAAGAGAUUGGCGAUAUUUCAAUCAGAAUUUCAACGAUUUCUCUUUUGCUCCUCGAAAUAUCGGAGAAAAUCAUUUCCACAAAGCAUCUAUGAUGUUUUUCGAGGAUCUUGGAUUUACAACUCGAUAUAGGAUAAAUAAAAGAAAGUUAUCAUAUUUGGUAUUACGAAUAUCAGCCGGAUAUCGAACUGUUCCAUAUCAUAAUUGGUCACAUGCUUUUGCUGUUGCUCAUUUUUGUUGGCUUAUGAUGAGAACUGAAGCAUGUACAAAUGCUUUGACGGAUUUAGAACGAUUAUCUUUGAUAAUUGCUUGUCUUUGUCAUGAUAUUGAUCAUCGUGGAACAACAAAUUCGUUUCAAUUACAAUCGGUGAGUGAGACAUUAAGUGUUGCAAUCUUUCGGUAAAUAUUGACUUUCGCAUUUUUUUGAAAAUCAUUGACGUCAACGAGUUCAGUUUAUUUUGUGUUUUGACCACAACACAACAAAAUACAAAGAUAAAAAUAAAUUAAUAUAAUUAUAGAAAACACCACUGGCUCAACUAUAUAGUAGUGAAGGAAGUGUUUUGGAACGACAUCAUUAUGCUCAAACGGUUUCAAUACUUCACGUAAGUUAACAAUUUUUUUGAAAAAAAAAUAGUUUUUUUUUGAUUUUUAGAUGCCUGAAUGUGAUAUUCUUGAACAAUUGACAACUCUACAAUAUCGAACAGUUUUAUCGAAUAUUCGAGAAAUAAUAUUGGCCACUGAUAUUGCAGCUCAUCUCAAAAAAGCAUCUAGAAUUCAUGAUAUGGUUGAAAUAGGUUAUAAUCCAAUGUCGAAUGAUCAUCAUUAUCUUUUGACGUGUCUUAUUAUGACAGCUUCUGAUCUUUCUGAUCAAUCGAAGAAUUUCAAUAAUGCGAAAUUGAUUGCUGAAAACAUCUACAAGGAAUUUUUUGCACAGGGAGAUUUAGAAGCAGAAAUCGGAGUUACACCAUUAGAAAUGAUGGAUCGAGAAAAGGCAUUUGUUCCUCAAGUUCAACUCGAAUUUUUAGAUUCAAUUGGUCUCCCAGUUUUCAAGUAAGUUCUUAUUUCUAGAAAAAAUAGAUAAAAUUUAAUCAAGUUUUGUUUUUCAGAAUGCUAGCUGAAAUUAUUCCCGAUGGAAAAUCAACAUAUGACGCAAUUCGUGCAAAUCAAUUGUGUUGGAAUGCGUUGAAAGAAGAAAUACAAUCUUCCGAUUCUGGUGUUCGACAAUGUUUAACUUAUUUGAAAGACGAAGAUAUCGAAAGAAAAGUAAGACAUUUUUUAAAAUUAAAAAUUCGGGUACACAAAGUGAUUGUUUUAGGUGAUCGAAAAAGUUCGAGAAACAGAUCCAAGAGCAGCAGAAAUUGCAUCAAAACGAUUCAAUACAAUAACAUCAAAUGGACAUGUUCCAAGCACUUCUACUGAUAUUUUUGAAGGAUAUUUGGAAGAAUAUCAAAAUCCGAUUGAUCAAAUUUGUAUGCCAAAUCAUAAUAAUAAUCAUGAAGAACAACCAGUCAUGAGACUUUUGCCAAAAAAGAAUUCCACCAAAAAGGUGAGCUUUUGUUUGUUUCGCUUUCUGGUAGAUCAAAAAUAUUUCCUCUAUGGUUGCGUUGAAUUUUUUUGUCGCACCAAUAAAUUGUGUCAAGUUUCAAAAAAUGUAGAAAAUCUCCGAUACGAUGUAUUAAGCUUUUUAAAAAUUCUGGCGUUGCCUAGAAAACCAAGAAUUUUCAAAAAGCCACCAAGGUUACUGUAUCUAGAUGAUAUUAUCUUCCACGUUCCUAUCACAAAAACUUGGCCCAUUUCCAAUAACCGAUCACUUUACACAUUUUUCAGACAGGCAACGGAGGAAGCUGCGCUUUUGAAGCAACCCGACUGUGAUGGUUUAUUAUUAAACCGUCGUGCACGUCCUCGUCGACUUUGGAGAAGAGCUUGUCAAUUGGCUCGUUCGGUAUCUGAAUCUUGUGCCUCAUGUUCACCAAUGCCAAAUAGGCGCCAAAUUAGCAGUGAAGAUGAUUCUGAAUCGGCUUAG